CUGCAGCUGAAAACUGAACAAGCUAUGAUAUGGCUGCUACUCACUGGAAUCCACUGUCACUCUUUGCCACACUAACUGUGAGGAUAAAGACCCUUCUCAGCAAUCAAACUGUCAACAUCCCAGACAAUGCCGACAUCUCUUUGAAGGGACGCACAGUUAUUGUGAAGGGCCCCAGAGGCACCCUAUGGAGGGGCUUCAAUCACAUCAACGUGGAACUCUGUCUCCUUGGAAAGAAAAAGAAGAGGCUCCGGGCUGACAAAUGGUGGGGAUAUAGCAAGGAACUGGCCACCGUUUUUACUAUCUGCAGUCAUGUACCGAACAUGACUAAGGGUUUUACACUGAGCUUCCGUUACAAGAUGAGGUCUGUGUACGCUCACUUCCCCAUAAAUGUCGUUAUUCAGGAGAAUGGUUCUCUGGUUGGAGACAGAAAUUUCGUGGGUGAAAAAUACAUCCGCAGGGUUCGGAUGAGGUCAGGCGUUGUUUGUUCAGUAUCUCAAGCCCAGAAAGAUGGGUUGAUUCUUGAAGGAAACGACAUUGAACUUGUAUCAAAUUCAGCUGCUUUGAUUCAGUGAGCCACCACAGUUAAAAACAAGGAUAUCAGAAAAAUUUUCGUUGGUAUUUACGUUUCUGAAAAAG